AAUACUAGGACACGCAUGCGCAAUCUGUUGGUUGAUGUACACACAUGAUUGACGUGAUCUAAAUCUCAAAUGGUCGGAUGCGUUUCAUUUUGAAAAAAAUUUUGAGAAUUGUUAAUCUUUGUAUCGUAAAAACAUUUUUGUUUUAAUAACCCAAUAUAAUUUUUUUUAUAAUGCUCGUUUCAAUUUAUUAAAGGACGGGACCCAAUAAUUUAAAGUGGUAGACACGUGACCCACGUGUAUCUAUAACCUCAAAGAGCUCAUAUGAAAUAGAUUGCAGACAAACUACAAAUAAAAUGGGUUUGACCAAGCAAUAUCUAAAAUAUGUACCAGCAGGUAACGCAAAUAUAAUUGUGAGCCCUCGAUGCAAUGUCGUCUUCGUAAAAUUGGAUGGUCAAGAAGGUAGAUUUGUAGCUGCUGCUGCGUGCGAACAUGUAUACAUUUGGGAUCUGCGACUUGGAGAAAAGACAAGAAUAUUAUCUGGAGAAAAGGUAUGUGUAACACGUCUGGCUGCAUCACCUGACAAAAGACACAUUGCAGUUGGUUACACAGACGGCACGGUGAAAACCUUUGAUUUAACCACCAGCGAAAACAUUAGUACAUUUGUAGGACACAAAUCUGAAAUAACAGUCUUAGCAUAUGAUAUAUUGGGACAUAGAUUAGCCACUGGUUCCCAGGAUACAGAUAUCAUUGUCUGGGAUGUUGUGGCAGAAACUGGAAUAUGUCGAUUAAGCGGACACAAAGGUGUUAUAACCAAAUUGGUAUUUAUGAAGGAACAUAACAUUAUUAUUAGUGCCAGCAGAGACACACUUGUAAAGUUUUGGGAUUUAGACACAGAGCAUAACUUCAAAACCCUUGUUGGACAUAAAUCAGAGGUUUGGAGUCUUGUCUUAAUGAACGACGAUCGAUAUUUAAUAACAGGAUGCAAUGAUAUGGAAUUGCGUGUUUGGAAAAUAACAUUCCUUGAUAAUAAGAAUAUUGAAUUGGAUACUGCUAUUGGUAUGUUGGAUAUUAAAGAAGACCGUGAAGAAAUUGAAGAAAGUGUAGAUACAGAUAUGAAAUACCCUAUAAAAUGUGAAAAAAUUGGAAGUAUAUUAAGAACAACGGGCGGCCGAGUUGUUUCAUUAGAAGUUGACUCCACAUGCAAAUUUCUUGGAUGCCAUGGAGUUAAAAAUUCCAUUGAAUUGUUUUAUCUAUUACCUGAGGACACAGUAAAAGAUAGAUUUACAAAAAGAUUGAAAAAACGAAAACGAAAAGCAAAAGAAAACAAGGAAGAAAAUAAUACAGAAGAACUACCAAGUGCACCAUCCUUAACAGAUGAGAUAAAACGUUUACCUGUUGUUCAAGUAUCUGGCAAAGUGAAGGGACUUGAUUUAAUCAUAGGCAAAGGAAACGAGCUCAGAUUAUGCGUUGGAAUCAAUAACAAUUCAAUCGAAUUACAUUCUUUGUAUACGGAAGAAAAGAAUCCUGAAGUAAAGUGUUUGCGUUCAAUAAGGGCACAUGGUCAUCGUACAGAGGUUCGCGCUAUCUGUUUCAGCUCCGACAAUUUGGCAUUUGCCACUGUUAGCGGAGAUUCCAUCAAAUUGUGGAAUAGACCAACACUAGCGUGUUUACGCACAGUGCCAUGCGGUUAUGCCUUGACGGUAACGUUUGUGCCGGGUGAUAGACAUUUGAUUGUUGGAUUAAAGGAUGGAAAAAUGCUUAUUGUCGACAUUGCGUCUGGCGAUAUCUUGGAAGAAGUAGCGGCACAUUCUAAGGAGCUUUGGAGCGUGACGUUGUUUCCCGACUUGAAAGGAGUUGCCAGUGGUGGUGGUGAUCAGACAGUGAAAUUUUGGAAUUUCGAACUUAUUCAAGAUUCCAACAAUCAGAUAAAAGCAAAAGUUCUUUCUGUUUUGCACGUGAGGACGCUUAAGCUUGAAGAAAGUGUAUUGUGCGUAAGAAUAAGUCCAAAUAAUAGAUUUGUAGCUGUUUCUCUGUUGGAUUCUACCAUUAAAAUCUUCUUUCUGGACACAUUUAAGUUUUUUGUGUCGCUUUAUGGACACAAACUACCAGUUCUGUGCAUGGAUAUAUCCAGCGAUUCCACGCUCAUAGCGACCGGUUCUGCUGAUCGCAACGUUAAAAUCUGGGGUUUGGAUUUUGGCGAUUGCCACAAAUCUAUCUUCGCGCAUGAUGACUCUAUCACGGGUCUCUCAUUCGUGCCUGGAACUCACUACUUCUUUACCUCCGGUAAAGACGGCAAAAUUAAGCAAUGGGACGCCGAUAUAUUUCAAAAAAUCAUCACAUUACAAGGUCAUGCUGGAGAAAGUUGGAACUGUUGCGUUUCACCAAACGGGGUUUACGCCGCAUCGUGCGGAUCCGAUCGAGUAAUUAGAUUGUACGAAAAGACCAACGAACCUCUGGUAUUACAAGACGAGGCGGAAGAAGAAAGAGAACAACAGGAGAAUGAAUUAGUUACUGGGGAAACCACAGCGGUAUUAGGGCAAAAACAGAAAGCCUUACCCUCUAGAAAGACGGUUAGCAGUGAAAAAGCUGCCGAAUUGAUUCUGGAAGGUUUGGAAGUAUGUAAGGAAUAUGAGACAGAAUUGAGCAAAACUGUUUCUACUGAUAAAGCGCCACCUCUUCCUCUAUUGAUGCAGGCUUACGAUUGCACGAGCACAGAAGACUUCUUGAUAGAAACUUUUAAACGAGUUAGGGCCAGUGAAUUGGAGGAAACGUUACUGUUAUUGCCGUAUUCCGCGGCCUGUGAUAUUCUUCAGAGACUCCCUGACUUAUUAAAAAACGAUUAUCACACUGAGCUAUUAGCCAAAUUAGCUCUAUGCUUGAUACAAGCUCAUCAUGGCCCGAUAGUAGCCAAUCAAAAUCUUUUGCCCACACUGGAGAUUGUGAAGAAGCUUGCUGUAGAAAAGAUUUCUACCUUAAGGGACACUAUUGGCUUUAAUUUGCAUGGUAUGAUGUAUGUGCAACGCAUUCUCGAGGAACGGGAAGGAAUCAAAUUCUUCAGAGAUGCUAGUAAGACUGUCGAGCAUAAGAAGAAAAUCAGAAGAAACAAGGAGAAGGCUGUAAAGAGAGCAAUCAUGAACUUGUAGAUUUAACUUUUUGGCAACAUAAACUUUGUACAUAUGUAGCACAAAUUUUCAUUAUGUAUUUUAUGUAUAUGUAUUAUUUAAACAUUUAAACUUUUAAGUAUAAAUAUGACACAUACACACACAUACACAUCAUACAUACAUGUUUUGAAUUAUAAAUUUAAAAGCUGGCAAUAACUUUUUACCAUAAUAAAGAUUUAUGUGUCCAAAAUUAUCAAAUUCCUUCUCUAAUAAAUCAGUUAAAUCUUGAUUGAUCAGUUGACAAAAA